AUGCAAGUUAACAGUCCUUCUGAACUCGACAAUCUCCUCAAAAAUUCCAAACAUAUUGUAGUUUUGCAUAUUUUUGACAGUAAUACUUCGAAUAAAUCACAGUUAAAUGAUAUCUUUCAAUCAUUAUCCAAGGACUAUCCAAAACUCGGAUUCUAUCAUAUAUCACACGAAUUGGCUUCACAAAUUAAUGUACUUGAAAAUUUUAGUAGUGUUCCAAUUGUUCUAUUUUGUUUGGGAGGAUUUCCUUUAAAUGCAGUACCGACCCAUUCACCCGGAUCUAUUGUGGCUCAGGCUAGAGAAUGGGCAGAGCUAGUAUCUCCAAGGGAUAAACUAGAACAGCUUCUUACGGAUAACAAAAUAAUUAUUUUCAUGAAGGGUACCAAGGCUAACCCAUUUUGUAAAUUUUCUAGGCGUGUAGUGGAUAUAAUGAAUUCACUACAAGUGGAAUAUGAAACAUUUAAUAUUUUGGACGAUGAGAUAAUGAGAAUUUACCUCAAAGCAUAUUCAAAUUGGCCAACAUAUCCCCAAUUAUAUUUCAAUGGCGAACUAAUCGGUGGCCAUGAUAUUAUCGUGGAACUAUACGACUCCGGAGAACUAACUAAUUUACUCAAAAAUUAA